CUCUCAGCGAACUACCGGAGUCCUUCUGCUUUAAGAUGAAGCUUCCUGCGUUCAUCUUCGGCGCUCAGCUGCGGCCAGCGGUUCUUUGGGCCGCCGGCAUCUCAGCAGCAGCUGUAACGUCUGCUCUUCUUUUUUACAGGUGGCGGAUCCAGGACGGACAGCGGACGACGAGGGACGAAGAUGCAGCGACCCAGACGGACGGCUGCGACGGAAUGGAGGAACACAGGCUGGCCAUCUUACCUUCAGGCUGUGCCCCCGUGCCACAGGAGGUUUCUGUGCUCAGCUGGCAGCAGGCGGUCUUCAUCCCACCCCUUUCUUGCGGAGCGCUGGUGAGAUUUGAGCAGCACUGCCAAGCUUUGGACAGAGCAAACAGGAUGUUUGCUUACACCUUCUCACAGCCACGUUUUGACAGCACGAAGCUGGUGGAGUUGAAGCUCCAACACAGGACCAUCUGUGAGGGGCUGGAGUCUGAGCACUGGUGGGUGCUCAGCAACGAAUUUUAUCAUCUGUUCCCGGAGCUUCCUCCUCAGCACUUCGCUACUGUGGCUGCUGUGGCCUGCAUCAAGCGUUUUGGAACAUCAAUCAGCGAGGCGACCUUCUACCUUCGCACUGAAUCAGUGGAGACAUCACUGCAGAAUGUUACUCUGCAAACCAAAGUGGGGAAGACACUGAAGAUGGUAUCCAUUGGUUCAGAUGGCUGUUUCAGGACUCACCAUUCCAGCAACACCCGGAUCCUUGAGACGCUGGCACCGUACAUGGUUUCUAGCAAACCACGAGGACCCCCACCAGGCUUCUAAUCACACUCUACACUUUAAUAUCAUACCUUUUUAAGUUCAUUAUCAUUGUAACUGUAGUUAUUAUAGUGCUAAUUAUAUCAUUUUUUUCUAUCAUUCUGUGUGUGUGUGUGUGUGUGUGUGUGUGUGUGUGUGUGUGUGUGUGUGUGUGUUUUUCAGAUGCAGUUUUCUGUGUAACCAGGAGAGCCCCUGAAGAUUUAUCUCUGAGAGAAUGACGGUGGAUCAUCACAUCUUAUCAUCUCUAGACUGGAAACAUGGGUUCCAGUGCUUCGUUCCUUCUGGAUUCGAGGCUCUAGACAGCAGUGACUCCUACAUGUCUUCAAACUGUGGACUUCAGGGUCUGGACCAGAUCAGAGGAUGUACGCAGAAGGAAGCCUUGACAAGAAGUGCAGCAAGACAUUUAGAGACUUCACCAUCAGCCAUCACUGGACUUUAUCUCCAGCGUUUAUUUUCAUCAGAAGCAGGAUCGCCUCUGGCAUCAUCAUUAUUGUCUUAACCACAGACCCAGGACCAUUGAAGACAUCAGGACCCAUGAAGAGGAGAUCAGUGCCAUCAUCACCACUGGACAUUAUCAUCAGCAGAAGCUUCAUCACCACUGCCAUCAUACACAUCAAGCUCUCAGUUAUCAUCAUCAUCUUAGCCAUGGACUGAGUCAGAAGAUGUUACUUCAUCUCAUCAUCAUGACAUCAAGCUACCAACCAGCUCAGAGGUUUUUGUGUUAAAGCAGUGAAUCUGCUUUGAGUGACACACAUGGACUCUUUACUGAGAUCCUGCUAGAAGGCUUCACAGCCUGGGUUCUAGACUAUUGGCUGUAGUUGCUGUUCUUCAGUUUGUCUAUAACUAACAGUUUGGCAUCCAUGCUCAGACUAAUCAUCAUUCAGAAGGAAUUUUGACUUUAAUAAGUAAAAAUAAUUAAGAUUAUAUUUAGUUAUUGUCAAUCAAAAU